AUGCCGACCGGCGAGCCGGUUGUACCCGUGAAGGGCUGUAGUGACUCCGCGGUGUCCCCAGCCGGGAUCGUGCGGGUCCUGCCGGUACAGCCGACCUGGAGGAACCUCCUGGAAGCCCCCAGCACGAGUCCCUGGCAGCCGCUGGGGUUUUUAUUCCGAAAAUCUUCACUGACGAUUCAGUUUGUGGAAGGACAGUUUGUUGAUUCAUAUGAUCCAACCAUAGAGAACACUUUUACAAAACUGAUCACAGUAAAUGGACAAGAAUAUCAUCUUCAGCUGGUUGAUACUGCUGGCCAAGAUGAAUACUCCAUAUUUCCUCAGACGUACUCCAUAGACAUCAAUGGCUACAUUCUUGUUUAUUCAGUCACGUCAAUAAAAAGUUUUGAAGUGAUAAAAGUUAUCCAUGGCAAGUUAUUGGAUAUGGUGGGAAAAGUCCAAAUACCCAUUAUGCUGGUUGGAAAUAAAAAAGACCUGCAUAUGGAACGGGUGAUCAGUUAUGAAGAAGGGAAAGCUUUAGCAGAAUCCUGGAAUGCAGCUUUCUUGGAAUCUUCUGCUAAAGAAAAUCAGACUGCCGUUGAUGUUUUUAAGAGGAUAAUUUUGGAGGCAGAAAAAAUCGAUGGGGCAGCUUCACAAGGGAAGUCUUCAUGCUCAGUAAUGUAAUUCCACUGCAAAACGUGAAAACACUGGGAAUACAUUCUACCUGAAGAAGCAAAACUGCCCAUUAUCUUUAAGGAUAAACUAUGCUUCUUUUUUUUUUUUUUUUUUUUUUUCCUUUUUUUUUUUAACCUAAAA